UCGCUCCGAUCGCUGAACAUCGAUCAGGCGACGGCUCGUAGCCGAAAGCACUCCCGUAGCUUGGCGUCGCGCACGCCCACGCGCCCGCCCAGCUCUGCGGGAAGAAAGAAGCCGUGUAUACAUUUGCCACUGGAAUUCUCGCUCACACAUGCCGGGUCCCUCUCGGUUGUUCUCACGGCGUUUUGAAAGCGAACUCAAGAUGAUUAUUAUGUGAAUGUGUUUUGUCGGUGUUUGGCCAGGAGGCAGGCUGUUGGAAGUGGAACAUGACUAAAUUGAACUUGUGUCACGAGCUUUCUCUGCCAUGCCUUCAUGCACUCCUGGAAGGAUUGUACCGAGAUCCUCCGCAGCUCAGUUGUCCUGGCCCAUCUUGACGUCGUCCACCUCUUCUACACUGGUCUCCUUGAUGACCACCUUGAGUUUGGAAAAGAGGAAGAGAGAAUCACACUAAGCCAGGUCAGGAAGACUUUGACGUCAUCCAUCGAUUCAAGGUGAAGAAUGUCAGGGUGGCCAUCGAUGGUCGAGCGCUGACUGAGGGGGAUCAACAGCACUAAAAAGGAACACUCUGGAUUCAACACUGGAGCACAUCUGUCAGGCUUCCUCAACGGAAGACAAGCGCUAAAGGGUCCAGACGAAGAUGGAGCCUGACCAAGAAGCGGCAGGAGCAUUGCGGGUUGAUGGCGUGACCCAAACUGGAAUCGUCGCACUCGAGCUUGACCACAUCGCAGACACUGCUGAUGACGAAGGACUACUGGCUAGCCAAUCAGGACUCUCACAAAGUCAAGCGUCUGCCCACCUACCCGAGCCUCUGCUGGUGGAUUUUUUGUCGACGUCUGGGAGCGACGCACCAGAGGUGGACCCGUCCUCUCAAAACUUGGACCUCGCCUUUGACUCGGACUAUGGCAGCACUCACUCCAGCCCCGGUUCCGCCAGCACCGCUUUCAGUGGCGACCUAAGUGAACUCACUGGAAGUUCCUUUGAAAAUACCAACUCUCUUUCUCCUGCCAACCUCUUUGAACACACUUUGGGAGGAAAUCAGUCCAAAAAAAGGGCAAAAAAAAAACAAACUACCAAAUCUAGCAAGAAAAAGGAAAACGCUAGCACACCAAAUGAGGUUGUGAGUACUAGCAGCAGUGCGGACCAUGAAGAAGGACAUGGAAGCACACAUUCCCAGCGCAGCGUCGCAGAAAGCGUCAACUGUUGCUACAGGUCCAUGCACAGGGGCUGUCUGCAGUGUGGGGAGGAGACGCCGGCCAUGUUGACUGGACUGGUGCUGUCCUUAGCUUUCUGUAUCGCCAUCAUCGUCCUUAUUCCUACCAUGGGAAGGAACCUUGACGUUCACGUGGGAGCUCUGUCGGUGUUGUGCGUGGUUCUGUGUCUGAGCGCCGGCCUGCUGGUGUGCCUACCGUGGCUGGCCACCGUGAGACGCUGCGCCGGCGCCCUGGCCCUCUUCGUCUGGGGGACGCUGUACGUCACCGCCAUUGUAUUCAUCUUCACCGGAGGACCCGUCACAACGUGGGAACAGGUGGCUUUCUUCCUCUUCCUGUCAUUGAGCGUGUACACGGUGCUCCCUCUCUCACUGGCCUGGGCUCUCAUGGUUGGGAUUUGGACCAGCGUUUCGCACAUCAUCAUCAUCAGUGUUUAUGUCCCGGUCACAAGUCCGGAGACGCCAGACUUGGCUGUGCAGCUGGUGGCAAAUGGCAUCCUGUUCUUGUGUGUGAACUGCAUCGGAGUCUUCCACCUGUGGACCACCGAAAACGAUCUCAGGAAAUCCAAUCGCAAGAGAGAGAAGUUCAGCACCAUCCGCUCCCAGAAGGAAAUCAGAAAAUACCAGCAGGAGCGUCUGCUGUUGUCGGUGUUGCCGCGUUACAUCGCCAUAGAGCUGAAAACGGAGGUGAUUAAGAGGCUUACUAAGCCCACGAGUGAGAAAGAAAAUCGACACAACUUCCACAGUCUGUACAUACGGCAGCACAAAGACGUCAGCAUUCUGUACGCGGAUAUUGUGGGCUUCACAAAACUGGCUAGUAGCUGCACACCAGAGGAGCUUGUUGCUAUGCUCAAUAAGCUCUUUGGCAGGUUUGACGACAUCGCCAAGAAGAACGGAUGCCUUCGCAUCAAAAUUUUGGGCGACUGCUACUACUGCGUGUCAGGACUGCCUGACCCGAUCCCCACGCACGCCAGCAACUGUGUUCAGAUGGGCUUGGACAUGUGCACCGCUAUCAGUAAACUGCGAGAGGCCACAGGAGUGGAGAUCAGCAUGCGCGUCGGCGUUCACACGGGCAACGUGCUCUCUGGUGUGAUCGGCUUGCAAAAAUGGCAGUACGACGUGUGGUCACAUGACGUGACGCUCGCCAAUCACAUGGAAUCCGGAGGCGUUCCUGGGCGAGUUCACAUCACGGAAGAGACUCUGCAACACUUGAACGGAGCGUACCAAGUGGAGGACGGCGACGGCGGGAGUCGGGAUCCUCUUCUUCAAGGAAGGAAAACCUUCUUGGUUCUGGACCCCAACAACUCCGGCAGCCUUUUCCAAAGAUCGACAACGGCCAACCUUCUCACCACCGUUGAGAACACGCAGCGGGCGUCCAUGCGCAUGUCUCAGUACCUUCAGUCGUGGCGGAACAUCCGACCCUUCGCCGACCUCAGCAACCAUCACGCCAAGCUCCCCAAGAAGAUCAACGAGGUCGCAGCGAACCAACAGCAGUCAUUUGCUGAAAGACCACCUUUUCAGAACAACCCAUCCUGUUUGUUUGUAGAUAACCGUGUGAGGGGUUCGCUGGACACGAUGGACAUUGCAGGGUGGAGGGCCAAAAGACUUAACUGUUUCACGCUGCUGUUUAAUGACAUACGCUUGGAGAAGCAGUUUCGCCUGUCAGAGGUGAAGGGCUUACACCAGUCCAUGAGCUGCCUCGCUUUGGUCUUUGUCACCCUUUUUGCUGUCCAAAUGCUCGUUUCUGAGAAGAACUUUCAAUUGGCCGUUUCCUACAGCGCCACCUUUCCUGUGCUGGUACUUCUUUUGUCCAUCGCGUUCUGUGGCUACUUGCAGAAAUGUCAUUCCAAGACACGGCCCCGCAUUCAUUGGAUGUCAGGACUGUGUCGUAGGAUGUCCACCAGGGCGGCGCUGCGGCUGUUUAUCGUGUGCCUGAGUUUACUCAUCACACUGCUGAUGGCCAUCCUCAACUUUGUCUUCAUCCCAGGAAACAACUGCACCGAUAUCAGCGACAGGAGGGCGCUGGAGGAUCUCAAACUCUACACUGUGCCUUACUACCUGUACUGCUGCCUGGUGGCCAUGCUGGGAGUCAUCGUCUUCGUCAGGAUAUGUUUGUCGAUAAAGGCGCUGCUCCUCACGCUGGCCGUGGUGGUUUACUUGGCCCUCUUCCUCCACGUAUACGCCAACCGCUCGUCCUGCCUCAUCGACCUGCUGUACAACACCACCACCAAGCCCGGUGUGCUGAAGGACCCUCAGAUCAUGUCUGGCGUUUGGCUGGUCAUCUUUUAUAUUGUCUGCAUCAUCCUGGCCAGACAGGAUGAGCUGGGCUGCCGCGUAGACUUCCUGUUGGAACACUGUUUCAAGUUGGAACAAGAGGAGAUGGAGACUGUGGAGAAUGUCAAUAAGCUUCUGCUCCAGAACGUUCUGCCCCUUCACGUGGCUUCCUUCUUCAUGGGCAAAACUGUCCGCAAUCAGGACCUAUACAGCCAGUCGUACGAGUGCGUGUGCAUCAUGUUCGCCUCCGUGCCUCAGUUUAAGGAGUUUUACAGCGAGAGCAGCGCCACUAGAGAUGGUCUGGAGUGUUUACGUUUCCUCAACGAGAUCAUUGCCGACUUUGACGAGCUUUUAUCCAAGCCAAAGUUCUCUUCAGUGGAGAAGAUCAAGACCAUCGGCAGUACGUACAUGGCAGCCGCGGGGCUGACGCAGUCAUGGGAUGAGAGAAAGAAAUGUGACAUGUCCUACAGUCACGUGCGCUCCAUGGUGGAGUUUGCCAUCGCUUUAAUGAGCAAUCUGGAGCUCAUCAACACGCACUCCUUCAACAGCUUUAAACUGCGGAUAGGAAUAAACCAGGGCCCCGUCAUUGCUGGAGUCAUCGGUGCUCAUAAACCGCAGUACGACAUCUGGGGGAACUCGGUCAACGUGGCCAGCAGGAUGGACAGCACGGGAGUGUUGGACAGGAUCCAGGUGACAGAGGAGACGGCCCAGGCGGUCCAGAGCGUGGGCUACGGUAUCACACUCCGAGGAGUCAUCAACGUCAAGGGGAAAGGGGAGCUGACCACGUACUUUGUCAAUACAGAGCACUCAUCUCCGCACGUCUGACGGCCGCAGUUUGUAGUCAGUGCGGUUUGAAAGAGAGACUUUUGCAAGAAGCCCGCCGCCGCAUUGCGCUGGCUGUUGCGAUGAUGUCGCUGUCUAGCCCUGCUGCCCGCCCGACUUCUGUCACGAUGCACCAUGGGUUGCCUCAGUCUUGGGAUGAGACACUAAAUAUGAUCCUGAUUAGUUGAAUGAUCAUGCCCGUGUGUCUGUAUUUACAUAUGGAUACUUUUCUUUUUCCAAAUGAGAUCCAUGAUAGUUUACUGAAUUAGAUGGACAUUUUUUGUUGACAAUGGAAUGGUCCACGUCAGUGGUUAUCAAACUACUUACAACAAUAGUACAGGCUCAACAAACAUUUGACUCACAGAGUGCCAAAUGUAUUGUACUUAAAAGUUAAAUACAACUAAACUGUAUUUAACAAAUGUACUUUCAUGGAAUUUUUAAGUUAAGACUCUAAUAUUAUUCACAAUUUGAGCAUUUUAUUUGGUGAUUCACACUUAUCACUCAUGUUGCGUGAUGGCCAUGCUAACUUUACUAACGAGGGUCCAACUGCAGACCAUUGAAGUCAUCUACAUGAAUUCAAUUAUAAUAGUUGAAAGCAAUCAAAAUUCCAACCACUUACUUAUUUUUUUUAAUGCUCCCAAUUUCUAUGUACUUUUAAUUGCAGUAAAUUGUGCUCAAGUGAUUUUGUACAAAGUGACCAACUUAUACCAAUGUUAUUAUCUGUUAAAAUACUUGCACUUUUAUUUAACUAUUGUUUUUCAGGAACGUUUUUCAUACAUUACUGUAGGCAGCCCUCCGAAGAAAUGUUGAAGUCGCUAAAAAACUAAUAUUGCAAUGCAAAAAGUUGUAAUAUAUAUUUUUAAAUACCGUUAAAUUAUGUAUAUUUUUGUGUUUAUUUUUAGAGCUGGAUGUUGUACAGAAUGUGGAAAUACUAUUUAUAUACUAAUAAAAUUGAAAUGAAAAAAAAUGCAUCUGA